GCCCUGUUAAUUGAAUUCACGCAACCGUUUGUCACAGUGAAUCCAAUACAACUUCCGUCUGAUGCAGUCUUUGUGAUAGCUCAUUCAGGUGUUAAUGCACGUAAAGUGGCUACGUCACAUUACAAUUCCCGUGUGUCAGAAUGUCGGUUGGCUGCCAAAGUAAGCGUUAAAACAUUCCAUUUAUGUACACAUUUAUUUCAGUGUACUAUUUAA